UUUGGUUUUGGUAUUGGUAUUGACCCAGUGAAUCUCCUCAAUAUUUAUUCUCUCCUCUAUUCCAAAUUUUCUACUCCCCGUUUCAUAGGAAGCUGCGUCGUUCUCUUCACAAAUGCACAAACCCCAUUGGUCUCUUGAUGCGAGAAAUUAUAAAAAAAAUCGGUGCCCAUGUGCGCAAUUUCGCCGCUCCUUUAGAUCUGAAACGGGAGAACGACGACGACGAAACCCUAGAAAGAACCCUUCUCUUUGGUAGGGAGAGGGUGAGAGGAAUAGAUGGGUUUGGUGGAUCUCAAAUCUAGUGAGAAGGGGAUUGAUGGGAAAAUGGGUUUUGGAGGCAAAAAAGGUACGAAGUAUAGGAGAAUGGAUUCAGAGGAGGAAGGUGAGGAGGGGAUACAUCAUUUGGGUGAGAGGAGGAGGGAGAAAGGAAAUAGCAGGAAAUAUGUGUAUGUUUGUGCCCUUUUUGCUUCCCUCAAUUCUAUUCUUCUUGGCUAUGAUGUGGGUGUUAUGAGUGGAGCUAUAAUCUACAUUCAGAAGGAUCUCCACAUAACAGAAUUCGAAGAGGAAGUGCUGGUCGGUUGCUUGAGCAUCGUCUCGCUCUUGGGUAGCUUAUCAGGAGGGCGAACCUCCGACGCUAUCGGCCGGAAAUGGACUAUGGGCUUGGGCGCCGUCGUCUUUCAAGCUGGCGCCGCUAUUAUGACCUUCGCUCCCUCCUUCCAAAUACUGUUAAUAGGCCGGCUUUUAGCUGGAAUUGGCAUCGGUUUCGGCGCAAUGAUCUCUGCUGUAUACAUCGCGGAGAUUUCCCCUGCGAUUUCUCGGGGAACUCUCACUUCCCUCCCUGAAAUUUGUAUAAAUCUCGGUAUCCUUCUCGGCUACGUAUCAAAUUAUGCUUUCUCUGGUCUCUCAGAACAUAUAAAUUGGAGGAUAAUGUUAGGCGUCGGGAUCCUUCCGUCAGUAUUUAUUGGUUUCGCUCUAUUUGUGAUACCCGAGUCGCCAAGGUGGCUAGUAAUGCAAAAGAGAGUCAAAGAAGCCCGGUCGGUUUUGUUAGCGAUUAGUGAGAAUGAAGCGGAAGUCGAAGAAAGACUUGUUGAGAUUGAAGAAGCUGCUGGGGUUUUACACGCAGCAAAAGGAAGUGAGGAAAAGGCUGUGUGGAGGGAGCUAUUGAGCCCUUCUCCUGCAGUUGCUCGAAUGUUGGCCGCUGGAUGUGGAAUCCAAAUUUUCCAACAGAUAACUGGAAUUGAUGCCACUGUGUAUUAUUCCCCUACAAUAUUCAGCAAUGCAGGGAUUAAAUCUGAUAAAGAGAUUCUCGCGGCAACAGUUGCUGUUGGUUUCACGAAGACUAUGUUCAUCUUGGUCGCAAUUUUUCUCAUCGAUAGAGUUGGGCGAAAGCCCUUACUGUAUAUCAGCACAGUUGGGAUGACUAUAUGCUUAUUUAUGUUAGGUACUGCGCUCACUUUACAAAAACACGGAUUGGGAUUGGUUUCUCCGAAAAUUGGGAUUGAUCUAGCAAUUCUGGCUGUAUGCGGUAAUGUGGCAUUCUUUUCGGUCGGCAUGGGGCCAAUAUGUUGGGUUCUCUCUUCGGAAAUAUUCCCUCUCAGAUUGCGAGCUCAGGCCUCUGCGCUUGGCCAAGUUGGAGGGAGAGUGAGCAGCGGCUUGGUUUCGAUGUCGUUCCUUUCUGUGGCCCGCGUUAUAUCCGUUGCCGGCGUUUUCUUCAUCUUUUCUGCAGUGUCUGUUGUAUCGGUAGUGUUCGUCUACGUUUGUGUUCCCGAAACCAAAGGGAAAACCUUGGAACAGAUUGAGUUGAUGUUUCAAGGCGGAAGAGAGUGGCAGAAGGGUGAAUUGCAGCUCGGAGAUGUCGAACAUCUUAUACAAGAGUGACAAUCAACUGGCUUGUCAGAUUGGUUGUUGUUGUUUAUGUUUCUUCACAGACAAAUGGCUUAUUCUUUUGAUCUUCUUUUGUUGUAUGCCUACUUCCAGAAUCAGUUACUGGAAAAGAAAAAUGCAAAGAAUGGGUCUUUUAUUACCUCUUGUUUAUGUGCCUGUAAAUAUUUUUUAGGUGAAAAAUGACUCUCAAUAAAACUAAAGUUCAUGUAUUAA